AUGACAGGCAUGCUUACGUGCCAACCCACUCGCGAACUAUUCUGGGCACAGACUAUCCUGAGCUCAGUAUACUCAUUUACAAACCGUCCUGGUCCUUUGGUCACGCCAUCCUUGUCCGAGGGCUUAAUAUUAACACACCUUAGUGUUGAGAUCUGCGUUGAGAUCUAA